AUAGCGUGGUCCAUGUGCCUUUGUUGCCAACUGCUGUUUCUUUUUUUUUUUUUUUUUGGUGGGGAGUGGGAUUAGUAAUUGCAUGAAACCAUAUGAUAUAAGGCAACGGCUACGCUACCACAAUUUCAGCGUUUUUUAUGGUUUUUUGCAUCACCCUAGACGCUUGCCAAGGCUACCCAAGGCGUUCUCUUUGUAGUACACACUAACGCCGUUAAGUGACGACACUCAGCGCUUUACAUCGCCUUCGAGAUUAACAUGCGCCAGGUGUUUGUUAGUCUUGAAGGCUUCAUGGCCUAGCUCCACUAGACCCAUAGAGUUUCCUACAAAAAUUUUUGUAGGAAACUCUAUGACUAGACCUACAAAGUGCAAAGCCUCACUGGAGCUACUAAGCCAUACCGAGGACCGAGGAGGCCAAAGCUAGAAGUUGCUCGUAAGGCGUAAUUUCAUUGCCAUCAACACGAAGUUGGCACACAGCAGCCAUCUCACGGAUGACAGCCGAAGCUCGUUCUUGCGCUUGGUCGUCGCACCGGUCGCACUUGACGCUACUCUGCGCUACAGUGAGGCCGCGCACGAGUGAACUUUCGAAGAUGGCGUCGCGAGUGUGUACUGUGUUAUUCUCGUCAAUGGGUAUCAUUACAAUUUCAAGCCUUUGCGUGCUCCUCAUCGUGGAAACUUCAGCCGUGCAUUAUGAUGUGUCUGGUGGCGGUGCUGCGGAGAUGUCACGUGAGGACAUUGUGCCGCUCCACCGUGUCCGGCGGGGCUCCGGUGCCACUGAAGUCACCAAGAAGCCGACACUGGACAACAAAAAGAUGCCUACCAAGGCACCCUUUGUAAAAACGCCGGAGCUGUCCAAGAAGGAAUCUUCAGUAGUCGAAGGCAUGAUGCCUACCGCUAUUUCGGCACAAGCCGCUGGAGCCCCACUGACCACAGCUGUUCCACAGCCGGCACCGCAGCAGCACCUGGUGCACAAUGCUACCACCGAAUCCCCUGCUGUGCCCCCCAGUGCCCCUGCUGUUCCCGCAGUUGUGCCCGCCAGUGCUGAGGCAGGCAAUGUGUCGACGACUCAGGUGACACCCCUGGUGACAUCCUUCCUCAGCGAAGAGGAGCUGGAGAGCCUGGUUGAAUCGGGCAAUGUGACACUGCCACCGGGAUACCAGAACCAGACGGAUCACCAUGACUAUUACAACACCACUUUCUACAUGGACCCAGCAACUGUGCGGAGCCUUUGGACUGACAUGGACGCGCUGCCCAGUGAGCAUGUCAUCACCCAUGACAUGCUUUCUGUGUCGCACCGACGGGCAGCCACGGUGAACUUGAGUUUCGACUUCCCCUUCUAUGGUCACCCAGUGCGGAACAUCACCAUCGCCACUGGAGGUUUCCUGUUCACAGGCUACAUGCUGCACGUGUGGCUGGCUGCAACGCAGUUCAUUGCACCUCUCAUGGCCAACUUUGAGACGAUCUCUAGCAACGAGUCAUCAAUCAAGUAUGUCGAUAACGGCACAUCCUUUGUGGUGGAGUGGCAUCAGGUUGUACUGCAGGACAAACCCAAUGGAGGCAACUACACGUUCCAGGCUGUGCUGCACAAAAGUGGAGACAUUGUCUUUGUCUACAAAGAUCUGCCAAUGGCUGUAACGGAAAUUCCUGACCGGAGCCACCCAGUCAAAGUUGGAAUCUCGGAUGCCUACAUGUUUGACCGCAUGGUUUUCUUUGUCAAGCGGAAGACCAUCUACGAGUACCACCAGGUGAGCAAGAAGAGUGACGUCAUCCGCAGCAACACGGCCAUUGUGUUCACCGCCCUGCCCACAUGCCUUGGCCUGAAGACCUGCAAGGAAUGCCGCUCGGCGCAGCUCUCAUUUAGCUGCUCGUGGUGUGACGCGGUGCAGCGUUGCUCGAGUGGCAUUGACCGGCACCGCCAGAGCUGGCUGGAGAACCAGUGUGACCUUGAGGAAAAGAAGAAUGCCUCGCAGUGCAGUGCCACUCCACGCCCCACGGUGCCACCGCCAGCUGUUCCAACAGCACCAAGCAGCUCUGCUACAGCGACAGUAGCCAAUGCUUCCAUUGCUGUCGCCAAUGCGACCAGUACUAUUCCUGAGGUGGUUUCCAUUCACACCAACGACGUUCACGGUGAUGCAGCAGCACACAGUGCAGCCGUUAUGCCGUCGGAGGGUUCCACACCAUCGCACGCUGUCAGCUCCGGCACGGUGGUUGCGGUCAUCAUGAUCCUGGUGCUCGUAGUCGCUGUUGGCGUGUGGCUGCUGUAUGCCUACCGCAACCCCCAGACGCCUGCUGGACAGCUCCUCAUCAAGUAUCGUCCGAGCCAGUGGAGGCUCCACGGUGAAGCCCGCUACACGGCUGCCACCUCGGUCCAUAUCUGAGGAAGCUGGCCAAUGGCCAACGAUUUUCACGAGAACGUCGGUCCCUCGGGAGCAGAGACAUGACAUCGAAAGGAGGGGCCAGUUCUUCCUAUGGGGACAUCAGCUCCACUGGCUUCAAGCACUGACUCAUCUGUUCAGCUCUCCCCCUAUUUCCCUUCUUCUAUUCACUUCCCUCUUGUUAUGCUUGGACUCGUCUGUGCAGCAAGCAAACAUGUCGUGGCAUGUUUUAUUUUGGGCAGUCAAUGGAGAAAGACACAAGCAGCGGACUGCCUUCUCCGUUGACCAUUUGUUUUGAGUAUAGUAGAUGUCUCAGUGGGCAGCAGGAGCAGACAUGACAAACAAGUUAUGGGUCCACAACCCUCCCUUUCAGCACUGUCAAGUACAGUAAAACCUUGUUUAUAUGCACCUGCUUAAUAACUAAUUCUGGUUUAAAUAUAGUUGCGAUGAAUCCCCCAUCCUGUCACCAUCGAACCUAAUGCAUUGGCUGACCUUACUUAAGCCGUAGUCAAUUAACACAUUCCAAAUGGUUAGUAUUUACUUCAUUUUUUGGCACAAACAAGUGUGGAAUUGUGAACUGUCAUACGCGCAGACCAUAGAUAGGCAAAAUUGCAGUGCAUGGAUCUUUCCCGGACUACGGUUGCCACUGAUAGCGACAUCAAAACAUGGUAGCCAUGACGUGCUUCCGUCUCCCAUAGCUUCUAGUACUUCCACGUCUUCGUCAUGGAUGACGAAGUGGAUAAUGGCCCUUCUGUAUCUGACAUGGCUAAUGCAUUGACCGCCUUAAGGGCAUUCACAGAGAAGUGGGGCCUGAUGGUGAAACUGGCUCGCGGACUUGUGGAGUUAAGGAUGCCGUUGUCACUGCAAGGCUGCUACAGUGGCAAGGAAAUUUAGAGUUUGCUGCCUGCUUGCAAAUUAAACUUGUCUUUCUGUGUGUUUAAGUGAGAACUAACCCCUUUAUUUUUUUUUGGGGGGGGGGGGGGCAGUAAGUCUAUAGCUGCUCAUCUACCAUUGACAGUUAAUUAGUACAUUACUUAGUGCAUACUUGAUCCACAUCUCCCACCAACUAACGAGGUUUUACUGUACUUUGACAAGGAAGACAGCAGUAGUGCAAUGCGAACGAGUACUUGUUGGUUCAGUGAGAAACUGCCGAAUGCCAUGUCGCAAGAUUCACGUCUUGUUUGUAGCGAUCAUUAAUGAAUGUGGGUCAGCGCUUGAGAUUUUCAGUGUGGAGCUAGUGGCAUCUAGCGUCCAGUGCAAACCUUUUGUGAAAUGCUUGUCGUUUUCACUUGACUUAGCUGCCAUAUAAGUUUGCACUGGAAAAUUUAUGGGAACCCUGCUUUAACCCUGGCCCUCAACCGACUUGAGUGUUGGGCGGAACAGAGCUUGCUUGCUCUUAGAAAACUUGGAGACUAACUGUGGUAAGUUGUCUUCACUGUUACGAGGGCCCACCACGAGGUUAACUGGACACUGAUCCACUACUGCAACGUUUCUUUUUUUUUUUUAACAACAUGCUGGUAACGGUGGGCUUAAUUUCAGUGCAGUGGUGUAGCCUCUGUUGUGCAAUUCCAGCUGUACUAUGGGUGUUGGGACGUGCCGCAAGAGCUGGCACCUUUCAUCAGUGGAGUUCUUGGCUCUUCCUAGUUGGGUAGUGCUUCAAUUCCUGGUGUGGAUAGCCUGUGUAAAUGCCCACACAACUGCUCACUGCUUGCUUCUCAUAGGUGCUGCUAUGUCAUGAGUGGUGGUCUCGCACAGGGAAGAGUGAAAGCACUCCGUAGCAUUGCUGGUGCAGGGCACGAUAGAUCAAAAAUUUAUGCACCUAUCACCGCACGUCAUCUUACUACUGUAGUCGGUGGCAAUAGGCUCCUAGGAGUAAAACCUUAUGCAGUAGACAUGCAUGGCUCAAGCGGAGCAGUCGUGCACGUAACUGACUGCAGCAGCUAUUUAUUGCAUUGUUAUCACAGCUAGCAUGCUGCGUGUUGCACCUGUUCAUCCACACUGGAAAGUAUUCAGCGCUUUAACUAAGGGAAGGGAGAUGGUGGCCUCCACACUUUUAUAAACAGUCCUCAAAAUUGAUACCACAACUUGGUUCUGGAAACUGGAGGACAAUACAGUCCCUGAACUGAAGUCAGGUGAUUACACUCCAAAAGCAUUCCUCACAGUUUUUUUUUUUUUUUUCUUUAACUUGGCAGCAUCAGCUUCUAUGCGAAAGGGCUGGAGAGUGGAGAUCGGGAGGCAUUUCUCUUGCAAUGCCUCUCUGUAGAAAUUGAAGGGGAGUGCUGGUGCAGGGCCUCUUUCAGUCAAGAGGCAAUGCUGUCUUCAACUUGGUCGUCGAGGCCACCUUUGUCAAUCUGGGGUUUAAUGCUUAUGAAUGUACAAGGAAUUUGCAAACUUUCUGCUGGAAUUGCUGUGGUGCUGUCAUUCAGGCACCCACAGCGCUCUCUCAAGUUGAUUGUGAAAGUCACUCCGCACUCAUUCAUUAGCUUAAUUUUGUAACAGUUUCUGGUAAGACCUUAUUUACAUGCGGCCGCUACAAGGCUGAAAGGCUUUAUUUGCUUGGAGGCUACUGCUGCACUUACAUUCCAUUGUGCUCUUGACGCAAAAGUUUUGUUUGGGUCUACGUGGUGGGCAACAUUAUGUAGCCACAUCAGUGUUUAGAUGUAGCACCCAUUCAGACAAACUCAAGGGAUAGCUUCACCAAAUGGUCCGGAAUUUCUUAGGCUGCAUGGAGGUAUCCCCUAUGUAUCAUACAAGUCGUAAGACAUUGACUGAGGGACAUCGCGAGGAUUUUUACAGGUUCACAGAGGUCAACACAUGCUGCCACUGUUUGUGCCUUUAGCCAUUGCUCACAGCUUUUCACCCGUAAGCUUCUGUAAGCUUCUGUGUUAACAACACUCAUUUACUGGCAGCAAACUGACAGGAACCAAAAGUAAAGUUACCUCAUGCGCAUUGUAUAAUGUGUUCAGCUUGAAAAAAGAAAUUCACAAUUCUGUGCUAGCUAAGUGAUUCAGCAUUGCACUAGCACUGAAUUCGUUGGCACAUUUCAUCAUCUCCACAUUAGUUGGGCGCACUACAAUGCACAGAUUGUGACAGUGCACCUUCUAUUAUGACUGUGGCUCCUCGGCUUUCACUAAUGUUGGAGCCAACACGGCGAACUUAGCUUGGCUGUACCAUCCUGUCUGCUCAACGUGCUGUUUUCUCCGAUGAGGAAAACUAAGCUACCUCGCAGAGGUUACUGCUGUGGACGUAGCAGUGUCCUGCCUCGUGAUGAAAGCUGCUUCUGUAACACUGCACAGUUCUUGUGUUGGCAGUGUAAUCUUCUGAAAGGUAAACUCGUGGAUCUGACCAAAUUACAGACUCGUCUUGCAGACAGAACAUCACAUAUCUCACUGGCACUAAUUCUGGAAAUGUGUAAGGGCAUUGUAGAAAGACAAUUUGCAGCACAGUUUGGUGCUCCUCUGUGGAUUGAAUCAGUGGUUUGGAUUCAUAAUGUGAAUUCGCUUUUAGUAGGCACAGGUAGUUGUGAUAACUGUUUCGAAAAUAUGGCCCAACGUUCUUUCUGCUUUGCACCGCGCUCUAAAUUUAAUUCCAAGUCACAAGGAAGCCGCACAGGUGAAUCUCUUCUAGCUGACUUCCCUGCAAGACAAGAUGUUGCCACACUUUCACAAGUACACCUCUGUGGAGGAACUUGAUAGUGCGAUUUCAAAUGUCACUACCUGUAAGUUCAUUACAUCUACUUUCAAGUGCAUCAAUCACUUUCGUGACCACGAGACAGAAUUGCAUUGUUAUCGUUCUGCCUUCAGGAUUCGUCUCCACUGAGGCAUAUCCGUGUGCUUUUAGUGCUGCAGUGGUUUAGAACAUGCUAAAUGACAAUCUCUUUCUUGCAAGAACCUCGUAGCCCUGCUACUCAAUAUCUAAACAAAGUGCCUUUCUUGUUGUAGCAAGGACAGAGCACAGCUUUCACGACAUUGGUCGUGACUGCUUGUUUCAUGCUGCCUUCAGAGCUUCUCACUGCUUUACCUUGGAACAUAUGCAUGCUUUGCACUCUGUCCUUUCCUGUCCAUGGGCCAGUGCCUGUGCAUUUGAAGGCAACACCAUUUGCGCUGUUUGUCAGGUCUCUUCCUACACGCUGAGGGUCACAGUUUGUACCGAACAUUCGGACCUCGUUACUUUCUUCUUCGUUUUCCAAGCCCAACUUAUCUCAUUCCCCCCUUCCCCAAUCUACUAUUGAUAUAAUAUUCAAGAGGGAUGCAAAAUGAGUGGCUCACUGCAUCAUGUAGCUGCUGUUGGAUUGGCCUAUGCUGGUCAAACACUGUGUGAAAGAGGAAAGGUCAAGAGAAUGCACAGAACUGAGAAAGACUGCAGCAACUGGAAAAUGCAGUGUAACAGCUUACAGAAGCUCACAGAAGGGCACUUUCAUAAACUGUUAGUUGUACCAACCGUCUCGGUGUCUACCUGGUGUCACCUGGUUUGGCCAUGGCUCUUGUCUAUCCUUACUAUGCCCUUCUUAGUAAGCAACUCGCAACAUUCCCGACAGUGGUGGAUUUUUUUAGGAAAGCCCUAGCAGCUCUGUUUCUGAGGCACUUUUUAUUUUAUUUUUAUGUUAUUUUUUUACUUUUAUACGAGCCGUAGCAACUUUCCCUAAGUGCAGCGAUACAUGUUUUUUUAGUUGCGGCAGUUUUUGUUGUACAUCAGACAGAGUGACACUUUUUUUUUUUUUUAUGCGUUCAGUACCUCGCUUAUUCCAUUGUGCGGAAGCUCUCUUGCUGUCAAUAGCUACAUUGGCCACUAUUUUCUGUUGAGGGGGAGUGUUCUAGCAUUCUGACUUACGUUCCUUGUGCAUUAUUUUACUGUUGUCAAGCGUAUGGCUCGGUUAUGCCUGCUAGUUUUACAUCUGCAUUCUCUCUCUCUCACAUAAUGUUACCUUUUCAAUUUCGACAAAGACAUUACUGGACGUGUUCUUUCAUUUUUUUUUUAAUAUGUACAUAAGACAGUAUAUGUAGUUAUAGUAUCAUAGUUUAUAGUAGCGCUUAAAAAUAUAACUUGUUACUUUCUUACGGCUCACGUUGUGCCUGUGAUGCUCAUUAUUGCGUAAACCUGCUUUCUUUCUUUUUCUUCUGACGGGUAGAACAAAAACGCUAGAGCGGACUCACAGAAGCAGGCAAGAUAGUUCUUUGCACGAUCAUCAGAUGCGCUUCCGUUGUUAAGCAUACAGCCUCACUCAGUGUUAAGCAAGUACCCUGUGCCUCUGGAAAAAAGGUUAUGGAACAUACAUCUUGAAAGAUACCUGCAACAGGUCUGAUCCUUUAUCUGUCUGCUAAAAAAAUUCAACUUGAAAGCGCCUUCAUAUGUUUCCGGUUUUUCAUGAGUUGGUGCAGAAAUUGAAAAAAAGGAAAGGAAAAUGUUCGUAGAAAACCUAUCAUUAGAUACCUCGCAAGGUCACUGCAGGCUUACAGCUUCCCUUUGACCAAACCUUCAAUGCAGUGAAAUCCAUUGUCCGUAUGCAUGUAUAUAUAUACCCGCAGACAGUCAUGUGCGAGUAUUUCUAAAAAUUUCUUAGGGUUGACACCAUCCUGUUUGCAUGUGCAAGCCAGCUCGAAUGCCGUGUUGCUGCAGUGUCCAAAAAUAAGACUGGUGCACGCUGCCAUUGUCUGUAUCAUGAGAAAAGUGAGUGAUUGAUCAAUGCAUGCACUGGCCCCUUUGCCACUGCUAUACUGUUGAUAUAUAUUUACGUCUGUAUACUUGGUGCCACAGUGUUCAACGGAAUACACAAAACAAAGUGAAUGUAACUUCGUCUUUUUUUUUUUUCCUGCAGUUUGCAGUUUGUUCAAAUUGGUAUUUGACUCCAAACUUCAUGGGUUUGGUUUGUUUCCGUAAUAUGUUCAUACCUUGUUUUGCUACAGUGUGCUGAGAUAUAAGAAAGGAAGUUCUAUUUGCUGUGCAUUUUGGGUGCUGCGUUUUGACCCACAACCUUCCUCAUGUUUUUUGUUUUUCAAGCAUGGCCAUCACUCUGAGGGUGAUUAAGCUUUGCAUGUGCAACAAAGCUAUAGCAUUUUGGAUAUUACCUUACUUUGUUGUCCCAUUAAAGGAUCAAAAUGAGUGUCACUACAGCUCCAAAUUUAAGAGCGAGAGAUCGAGGUUCAGCCCGUAUUAUUUCCAUUCAGCAGUUGCAGGUCUCAUGUUGGCUAAGUGCAUCACUAAGUCAGGCUGCCACGUGCUGCCGUCAAGCGCUCCAAGAGAAACAUUUCAUGCUUUGUGCACCUAACUCAGCCUUGCAAACAAGCCAGCAAGUCAGCCUCAGUAAAAUCUAUUUACUCUUGCUGCAGGCAUGCAAGUUUGCUUAGUACAGGCGUUCAAAGUUAGAAUGGAGGAAGGAGUCAGCGGAGAGUAGUUAACAGUACUUUGGAGCAGAUUGAGAAGAGCUGGUCUGUACAGUACUCUGUUUUAUAUGGCCCUUGUGCCACAACGGUCUGUUGUGGGAUCCAUGAUUGUUAGCUCACCCAGCAUUAAUCGCAAAAUGGGUGCUCAAUCAUGCAGUGGAGUACAGGUGCAGUAGGGAGGUGGGAGGCAGACAAGUGAGAUGGAGGAAUAUAGCAGUGCCAGUCACUUUGUAGACAGAAAGUCGGUGUUGUUAACCAUUGUACAACCAAGGAACUUCGUUAUGAAAAUUGCAGCGCUACUUUUUUGUUUCCACCACAAUUUCACACUUGUGCUGAUGCUUACAUUGUAGAUAUUUUCUCCUACUAAGUUCAAGACCUUCAGUGUGUACAAACAUGCAUGCUGUCAAGAUGUUUGAGCAUUCCUCCAGGUCUCCUUUUGUAACUUUUUUUUUCCUUCCCCCCCCACCCCCGACACACACAUUGUGUGGUAGCCUAGCUGUUGAGUGACCCAUAUAUAGUGAAUAGUUCCGUCUUGUACAGUGGCACUUGGAGUCUCGAAAAUGUGCUGGAAGGCAAGACCAGGUAGAAGUCUCACUGUGUGGGCAGCAGCACUAUGGAGUGCGUUCCAUAUUUCAUGGAAUGCCAUUUGCCAGAUUUGGUGUCGUGCUCCUCGUGGAUGAAGGGAAGAGAAAUGGAGUUCCAUGCUUGUUGCAAGAAGUCAUGACUGCAGCAGUGCAUGUUGUACAGGGAAAAAGUGUCAGUCACUGUUGGAUCUGUAGUUGCAGAAUCUCCUAAGCAUUUCUUUUUCUUUGUCAAGUUUCUUCUUCAAGGUUGUGCAAGGAAUAUAUAUCAAGGUUUGUAAUUAAAGCAGCAUCUCAAUAUGAUUCAGCCCUGCUUUGGUGCAGGUUCUUGGUUCGCAUCUCUUGCCUCGUUUCUUGUUUUUGCAGUGUGUUAAUGGGAGAAAAAUUUUUGCAUGUGGAAAUUGCAGUGUUUUAAUGUAAAGAACUGUGCUCUUCAUCAUGAAACACACAGUUUGGCUUGUAAACACAUGCAGUCAUGAUUACCCUGCAUGGUACCUCCUUGAUUUCGUACUUGUGCUCUUCUGUCUGUUGCCCCUAUAGUGAAAUUACUUUUUUUUUCCCUCCCAAUUUCUAUGUGUUUGGAGAUCUUUUUGUGCAGUAAGUCCUGAGAUUUACCAUUCAAUGGGUCAUUGUGAGGCAUCAGCUUUGCCAGAUGAGUAUCAUUAAGCAUACUUUUGUGGACUGCUUGCAGUGUAGCAUUCAUGCUCUGUAGUCGUCGACAUCUGUGGUAGUGUGCGCUUGGGAAGCAAGUGUGUGGCACAUUUUAACUCCCAUCCCACAUCUUGGAAUUCUAGAGACAGGAUGUCAAGUCUCAGACAAUGCAAGUAAAAAUAGCAGAUUUAUUUUGUUGCUUAUAAUCCUGGGAUAUUUUUUUAUUCUUAACUGGCUAGAAUACCUGGCAUUGUACUACCAUUUGUUAAGUGUGGCGUAGUAGUACUUGUUAACCAUAUUGUGUAAAAUAGGCAUGCAUUUCACAUAUAAAUAUAGAAAGGUAAGUAGUCUUUCGCAGCCUAAUAUGCCAAAUUUUGUCCUUGCCUUGCAAGAUUGAGCAGGGAAGUAAUUUUUCAUGCACUUGCAUCCAUAGUAGUGCAGUCCACACAAGCAUUUGCAAGCAAAGUUAGUUUACAGCUCUAACGGGGCAACAUGUGAAAACUUAUUGCCACUGUUGAGCUUGCCACGUAGGCUUCAUUCCAACCCAUGACUGAAGGCCUCCCUUUGGGACCUAAUAAAUUUGUGUGUUUUGAUGGUUGCAUAAGAGCCUUUGCCCAUAAAGAGCCUCACUGUUUGUCACCUUGGCAGUACGUAGCACAUCAGAUAUUGGCAUUCAAUGGAAGUUACAGCAGGCAUUGAGAAUACAUGUCAAGCAGCAUGUUCUGCUUCUGCUGUGGCAUAAGUGUGCUAGUGUUCUGGCAAGUAGGAUCUGUCUGUCGUCAGGUGACCAGUAGUCUGGCUUCAAAGCUCUCAAUAAAAGGCAUACCUGUGGCCCUUUCUUCUUUGUAACAAAUGUUGAACAGCAUGGUAACUGCUGAAAAAGUGUUUUUAUUGUAUACGUAUAUAUAAAUAUAUAUAUAGAGAGAGAGGUCAUUUUUAAAGUGUGUUUGUUACAGUUACAGAUUUUAUGCAAUGCAAGAUUUGGUAUAUACUGUGUGUUUGAUCCUCCCUCUGCUCUGCAUUUUUUUAAACAUUUGUGACACCAUUUUUAAUAUGAAUAAAAUGAAUGCUCUUUAAACCUGUC